ACCCCGCGCGCGCGCGCGCGCGCGCACACACAGGUAAAGCAGCGAGGACGAACAAGAGAAAGAAAAGGCUCCAGGAGGUAAAAAGUGGCGGAACGCGCCCGAAGAACGCAAAGUCCCCGGUAGAAGAACGGUAGGACGUGGUUUUUCAGCUCUGAGCCGAGGAAACGCUCAUUAACCUGCUUUUAUUUGGGCGCGAGGCCGAGCGUCCGGGCGGUUGUUCGUGAAGUGAGGUGGGUGACGACCUUGUGACGUUGGUUAUGGACCAGGUAGCGUGGACGCACGAGGGAAGCGGUCCCGGUCCCGGUCCCGCAGGGGUCAGUCCCCGGACUGGACCUCUGCACGGGGCUGAACCGAAGGGUGUCCGGCGGGACAUUUUCGUUGUUGUUCUGUGUUUUGGAAUCUUAUUUUAAAUAGUUAUUUAGUUUGUUAAACUCUGUAUUUUUGACAGUUGCUCAGACACGUUCCAGUGUUUAUUGUUUACCAUAUGAAUGAGUGUUUAACACAUCUCGAACAGGAUGACUGCGUGAUGAUGAACGGAUUAAUCGCUAGCACUCGCCUUCCCGUCAGUCCUGAGGGAUGGAAACAGGAUGCGACUUGUAGAAAACAUGCAGGUUAAAUUGACCUGACUGGACCAGAUUCGCCUCAGCAGUGGACUGGUGUUGAUCCGAUUAUUGGAUUGUUAGUGGCCUGGCCAGAGGAAAGGCUCCCUGCGCCAACACUGGGCGUCCAUAUUGGAUUUUUAAACCUGAACCUGGACAGGACUUGCCCUGAGCACACUGAGGCUGUUGUAGACGGACUGAGGAAGCAGUGAGUUCUUAACGCCCCAUUGUCCAUUCACACGUCUUAAAGGAAUACAUGGCAGCAUCAGAUUUGCUCCAGGAUGAUGAGCAGCCCCAUGUGGAAGUUAACGUGACUGAAACCAAUCCCCCCGUGCCUCAGAGGGCUGCCAACGGUAGCCCAGCAAGCCACUCCCCAAUGCCACCCCCCCCUUCUGAUGCCCAUGAUGGUAAGAACAAACUGAGCAGCCUGUUCAAGGAGAACCAUCUGAUCCACUCUCUGAGCAACGGCCUGAGACGACACUGUGAAUACACCAAGAUUACUGUGACACAGGAACGGGUGAACCGUCUGCCAAAGGAAUGGUGGAAGACCGGCGUGGCCUUCCUCUACGCCCUGUUCAACCUUAUCUUCACCACUGUCGUCAUUACUAUCGUCCACGAGCGGGUCCCAGACAAGUCGGUGAGCCCACCGCUGCCCGACAAGUUCUUUGACUACGUGGACCGUGUGCCCUGGGCCUUCACCGUCACCGAGGUCAACGGGCUGAUCCUGGUCGGACUCUGGCUUGUCCAGUGGCUCUUCCUCAAACACAAGGCCAUAGUGGGCCGGAGGUGUUUCUUCAUGAUUGGAACUCUCUACAUGUAUCGCUGCGUCACCAUGUACAUCACCACUCUACCUGUGCCUGGAAAACACAUGGUGUGCGCUCCAAAGCUGUACAACGACUCCACUGGGAAGAUCUGGAGGAUUCUGAGGCUGCUCUCAGGAGGAGGUUUGUCCCUGACUGGUUCCCACAUGAUGUGUGGAGACUUCCUGUACAGUGGACAUACAGUCAUGUUGACUUUGUCCUACCUCUUCAUCAAAGAGUACUCUCCACGAUGGAUGUGGUGGUAUCACUGGUCCUGCUGGGUUCUCAGUGUUUCAGGGGUCCUCUUCAUCCUGAUUGCCCAUGAGCACUACAGCGUUGACGUGAUCAUUGCGUACUUCGCCACCACAAGGAUCUUCUGGUGGUACCACACCAUGGCCAACACACAUGUGCUGCGCCAGUCUCCCAACAACUUCUUGUCGAGGACCUGGUGGAACCGGAUCUUCAACUUUUUGGAGAAGAAUGUACAGACGACCGUCCCCGUUGUGUUUGAGUGGCCGGUGACGCUGCCGUCAUGCUGCAGACAAAGAUACAGGAUGGUGGAGGGCGGAAGGGACGAGUGAGGACGGAGGAGAGACGACUAAACAGAGGCGUUGGAAACAGUAUUCGUCCUGCCUGACAUUAACAGACAGAAGUAUGGAAUUACUGGGGGAGGAGGUUAUUUAUGAGAAACCAACGUUUCUGUCUCUCUCACUACUGCUGAAGAAGGAGCGGUGCAGAAGUUUGUGUUACUGCGUUUACAUAGUUACCAACCUGGUAUUUAUUAGUACGGACACCAUCUCCUUCCUGUAAAUUGUUCAGAAACAAUCAGACGACAUAGAAAAGGUACCGACGUGAACGGUACCGACGUGCAAAUGAUGUUAGGAUGAUAUUUGCUCACAUUCUUUAAGUCAACAGUAUAUGAAUCAUGUUAUUCCUCUUUUUCCUCAUUUCUUGAACAAUGCAAAACCACAUCUGACAGUGUUUGAGCAUUUCAGCAUCAUCAUCAAACUUUAAUUAGCUGCUUUGGUGAAAGUUCAAGAAUUAAUGAUGGGUCAUCUCUCUUCAAAUAUGAUGAGGGACACAACUAUAAUAAUUAUUUCCAGUAGUAAUUCAUUCAUAAAUUAUUCAUUUAAUCAAUAUUUAAAGCACCAGAAAUUUGCCAAGUCAUGUUAAAAGUCCAGAUCUCUAGUUUAAUCACAUAAAGAAAUCAAAAAAUUCUGGAUAUGGGAUUUCUUUUGAAAGAAUCUCACAGUAGGAUAGUUUCUAUUUGGUUGUUAAUUUAGUAAAGAUUUUCAGCCUUAAUCAUGAUAAAUAUAAAAGAUUUGAAAUACACGGUCAAACAUUCUGUCAUUUUAAUUUCACUUCAGGUCUUCAGGUAGAUGUAGAUUAAACAAAGUUGAAAAAAAAUAACACAUAUUGUCAUUAAAGACCUGACGAGGAUGUGGAGUUGUUGUGGUAUUUACUGUAGGCUCAAAGGUUGUAAUCAUAGGAUGAAAAUGACAGAAGUGCUUUUGUUUACUUUUUAACCAAAUCAUUACCUGACUAGUGGUUAUACCUCCUAUUAUAAUAAACACAACACAUAAGCAGCAGAACCGUUCUCUGUUUUAUCUGUGGGCAGACUGAAUCCUGUGGGACACAGAGGCUCUAGAAAAUGGACCAUGAGUUGAGAUUUUUUGUUAGCUUGUGGGGUCUCGUCUAUCAUCAUCUGUCAUUACUGUCCAGGUAAAGAAUUUGGGCUGCUGCACAAAAGGUGUUUUGAUCAGUGCAUCAGGUGUAUAAUUUAAAUGGUCAAUUCCAGACAUUAGUAGUUUUGAAUACUAAACAACUGUAGACUCAUUCUCCAACUACUGGACCAAAGGAAAAACUGCUAGCCACUUAGCAUUCCUGGUGCUAAGAUACGCUUGACUUUUGUUGUGAAUGCACACACUUUGAUAACUCAAGCUAAUAUGUUAGCUCAGCAUGCUAGGCCUGUUUGAUAUACAAUGCUCAUUAAAUGAGAAGACAUGAAUGUUGAGCACAUGUUCUACUUAUUUUGAAGGUUUAGCAGGUUCUUACUGUUUUAGUUUGUAAGUCAUAAGAGAUUCAGGACUGAAGCUGAGAUAACAAACAAAUUUGGUUUUGUAUUACUGCUGUAUUUGUGUUUCUAAACUCUGUUAUAGUUGUUAUAUUUUUAAUUAAAAAUCUAAAAUAUG